UUUUUAUUUUUCAAUAAAUGCAUUAAGCAACUAUGGAUUUUAAGGAUCCAGCAUUAACGUCUGCGUUCAGUCGAAAGAGGAAUUGAGACUGUAGCAGUGCCUACAAGGAGGGAAAGAGCAUCAGAAAAAUUCGUUGAUGGUAACGGUAGUCUAUGUUUAAAACAACUGCCUUCGUUUCAUGAAUAUUUCGGUCGAAUAGCGCUUUUUUCCCCUUCUUUGCAUAGUUUGAUUUAAGCCCAGCAAAGAGCAUGUCCAGAUCCAACAGCGUAAGCCCACCCGGCGUCGGUGCUCUUGGACCAAGGGGAGGGACUGAACAUAGAUCAGCUUGGGGCGAGUCCGAAUCCGUCGCAAACGGAUGCCCAUACUCAGCCAGAUCCUCCAGCAAAAAGCUUGCGCGCUCGAACAGCAGAUGGAGGGAGGAGGAUGAUUUCGACCGACCGCCGGGAAGAGCGACGACGACUGUCAGCCGGGUUAGCUUCAGGUCCAAAUCUGCGUGGCAAGACCAUGGGGAGGAGAUCCGAAAUAACAACAGGUCGUCCCCAAAGCACGCGGACGGGGAAGUGCGACCGAAGUCGGUGGAGUUAGGUUUGGAGGACAGACGAGGGAAGUCCAAACCCGACGAGGAGCUAGUGCCAGAAGUUCACUUUUCCAUGGUUUCGUGCUGCAACAGCGUGAUGCAGAUUUUCAGGUCCAAGAAGUUCCAGUCGGAGAAAUUGGAAAGAUUGUACCAGCGUUACUUUUUCAGGCUCAACCAGAGCAGUCUGACCAUGCUUAUGGCAGUCUUAGUGCUCGUAUGUGCGGUCAUGCUGGGAUUCCAUUGCGCGGGAGGGAGUUGCAGCAGUUCGUAUGUGGUGGUCUUCUCAAUGGCCAUUCUGCUCAUCCUCGUCUUGAUGAUUUUAUGUAACAGGAAUGGUUUCCACCAGGACCAUAUGUGGAUCGUCUGCUAUCUGGUCAUCUUAGUUGUGCUGGUGGUUCAAGUGAUUGGGGUGUUGCUCGUGGAACCCCGAAGUGCCUCGGAGGGGAUAUGGUGGACCGUGUUUUUCAUCCAUAUCAUCUAUAUACUACUCCCCGUGCGCAUGAGAGCCGCGGUCAUCACUGGAGUUAUACUGUCAGCUAUACAUGUGGCAAUCUCAUGGAAGUUAAACGAAGUGGACAUCUUUUUAUGGAAGCAGCUGGUGUCUAACGUCCUGAUCUUCUCCUGCACCAACAUCGUGGGGGUGUGCACCCACUACCCGGCCGAGGGCUCCCAGCGGCAAGCCUUCCAGGAGACCAGGGAGUGCAUCCAGGCCCGGCUCCACUCGCAGAGGGAGAAUCAGCAGCAGGAGCGCCUUUUGCUCUCCGUGCUUCCCCGCCACGUUGCCAUGGAGAUGAAAGCCGACAUCAAUGCCAAACAGGAGGAUAUGAUGUUUCACAAGAUUUACAUCCAGAAACACGACAACGUGAGCAUCCUCUUUGCAGACAUCGAGGGUUUCACAAGCCUGGCGUCACAGUGCACUGCCCAAGAGCUGGUUAUGACCCUGAAUGAGCUCUUCGCCCGCUUUGACAAACUGGCCGCGGAGAAUCACUGUUUGCGGAUCAAGAUCCUGGGCGACUGCUACUACUGCGUGUCAGGGCUCCCGGAGGCCCGAGCCGACCACGCCCACUGCUGCGUGGAGAUGGGCGUAGACAUGAUCGAGGCCAUCUCGCUGGUGCGGGAAGUGACGGGUGUGAACGUGAACAUGCGGGUUGGCAUCCACAGUGGGCGUGUCCACUGCGGCGUACUGGGCCUGCGGAAGUGGCAGUUUGAUGUGUGGUCCAAUGAUGUCACUCUGGCCAAUCACAUGGAAGCGGGUGGCAAAGCCGGACGUAUUCACAUCACCAAGGCCACGCUGAACUACCUGAACGGGGACUACGAUGUGGAGCCAGGCUUUGGGGGAGAGAGGAACGUCUACUUGAAGAAACACAACAUUGAGACCUACCUCAUUGUGGGCUGCAGCCAGAAACGGAAAGAGGAGAAGGCCAUGAUUGCCAAGAUGAACCGCCAGCGCACAAACUCUGUCACUCACAACCCCUCCCACUGGUGCUCCGACCGCCCCUUCUACAACCACUUGGGGGCCAACCAGGUCUCCAAGGAGAUGAAGAGGAUGGGCUUCGAGGACCCCAAGGACAAAAACACCCAGGAAAACCUGAACCCGGAGGACGAGGUGGACGAGUUCCUGGGCCGGGCUAUCGACGCCAGGAGCAUCGACCGGCUGCGCUCCGAACAUGUCAAGAAGUUCCUCCUGACGUUCCGGGAGCCAGACCUGGAGAAAAAGUACUCUAAGCAGGUGGACUCCAGGUUUGGGGCGUACGUUGCCUGUGCCUCUCUCGUCUUCCUGUUCAUUUGCUUCAUCCAGGUCAUCGUCGUGCCACGGUCCACUCUCAUGGUUGGCUUCUACGUGACCUGCCUGUUCCUCCUGCUGGCCGUCAUGUUCGUCUCGGCCGUUUAUUCGUGCUUCGGGCUAUUCCCAGUGCCUCUGCAGACACUGUCGAAGAAGAUCGUCCAAUCCAGGAUCAACAGCACGCUGGUCGGAGUCUUCACCAUCAUUCUGGUCUUUCUCUCUGCCUUCAUCAACAUCUUCACCUGCAGCACCAGUGACCUGCGUACCUGCCUGGCCCGGGAGUUCAACAUCAGCCCCAGCAGCAUAAAUGCCUGCCACAUCCACAGCUCCGCCUACAAUUACUCUCUCAAGACAGUGGAGGGCUUCUGUGGGAGCGCGUCACCCAAUUGCAACUUCCCCGAGUACUUCUCCGCCUGCGUUCUGCUCAGCCUGCUGGCCUGCUCCGUCUUCCUGCAGAUCAGCAGCAUCGGGAAGCUCUUCCUUAUGCUCUUCAUCGAACUGCUGUACGUGCUCAUCGUCGAGGUGCCGGAGGUGGCGCUCUUCGACAACAUGGACCUGCUGGUGACGGCCAACGCCAUAGAGAACAUGAAUGAAACCUGCAUGAAUGGCAGCACCAUGGUGGACUCAAAGGUCUCUCUGAAGAUCAUGACGCCGGUGGUUCUCACUGUCUUUGUGCUGGCGCUCUACCUGCAUGCCCAGCAGGUGGAAUCCACUGCCCGACUGGACUUCCUGUGGAAGCUGCAGGCCACGGAGGAGAAGGAGGAGAUGGAGGAGCUGCAGGCCUACAACCGGCGCCUCCUCCACAACAUCCUGCCCAAGGACGUGGCGGCCCACUUCCUGGCACGGGAGCGGCGGAACGACGAGCUGUACUACCAGUCCUGCGAGUGCGUGGCCGUCAUGUUCGCCUCCAUCAGCAACUUCUCCGAGUUCUACGUGGAGCUGGAGGCCAACAACGAGGGCGUGGAGUGCCUGCGCCUGCUCAACGAGAUCAUCGCCGACUUCGACGAGAUCAUCAGCGAGGAACAGUUCCGUCAGCUGGAGAAGAUAAAGACCAUUGGCAGCACCUACAUGGCUGCCUCGGGCCUCAACGACUCCACGUACGACCGGGCCGGCCGCUCGCACAUCCGCGCCCUGGCCGAUUACGCCAUGCGGCUCAUGGACCAAAUGAAGUACAUCAACGAGCACUCCUUCAACAACUUCAAGAUGAAGAUAGGUCUCAACAUGGGUCCUGUAGUGGCAGGGGUCAUCGGUGCUCGGAAGCCCCAGUACGACAUUUGGGGGAACACGGUGAACGUGGCCAGUCGAAUGGACAGCACUGGUGUGCCGGAACGGAUCCAGGUUACCACAGACUUGUACCAGGUACUGAACUCCUACAACUACACACUGGAGUGCCGGGGUGUGGUGAAGGUCAAGGGCAAAGGAGAAAUGAUGACUUACUUCCUCAAUGGAGGGCCACCCAGCAGUUAACACCCAACUGGGCGUCGGAACUGUGUGGGUGUGGUUUUGAGGGUGGGCAGACCAAGCCUCAGCUGAAUCAGGCACUGGGACCUAUAAGAAGCUGUGAGACUUGACACACAUAUGCUCUGCCUCAUGAUGCUAGGCCACACCCCCCAGCUGCAGAGACCUGCCCCCCCAGUGGGAUGAGAUGGAGAAGACCCAGCCUUUCUGUUCAGCAGGAGCACCAGUGGGAAGCAGUCUAAGGGACAGCCAGGCUAACUGAAGAGACCAAAGAAAUUCCAUAGAUUCACUGCAUAGAGACACGACAAGGGCUGGCGGAUAGUACUCCCUAGUUUGUUUUCUCAGUGUGUACAGGGGAGAGGAAAGCAGCGCCCCUUGCUGGACUGAACCGAUCCUACAGCUCCGAAAGUACUCAGAGGAGCUCCUCUGUCUGUAUUCUCCUCAGCAUUCGGGUGAAAGAUCCACACUACUCAAGAGAUAUCUGCAUGAAGACACUGAUGCAUAUAUGUAUGUGCGAAACACAGACAGUUUUAUGUGUAUAAAUGUAUGUGAAAUCGUACAUGUACACAAAGUCACAUUGUCUUUGUAUGCUGUCGAGUGGUUCAGUAAAUGCAAUGUCAAAACCAUGCGAAAACUCAACAGAGUGACGCGCAGCGCCGCAACGCUAGCAGCCCUCUCUGAAACCGUUCUCCUGGAUGCAGCGUUUUACAGAUUUACGAAAUGUAUUUGUGGUCGAUGGGGAUGAGAGUGGACGGCUUAUACCUGAGUUACCAGUAUAAAACUGCUCUGUUCCUCGCCUGUUUAGAGUACUCUUCCCCCACUUGUAAACUGAA